GGUCUAUGGUAAAUCUGAUGCAACAUUUUGACAUUCUCAAAUCUCAUCACGUUGCGUUUGGCUAGCCUGUUUAAACUUUAUUUCAGGUGCAUACCUUUUUCUAACCAAACAAUUUGUUCUUGAAUAUUCAGUCUUAAAAAUGGAUGAAGAUAUGGUAUUCGACCCAUCUCUAAAGAAAAAGAAGAAGAAAAAGACUGGAUUUGACAUGGAAGCUGCUCUAGCAGAACAAGAGAACACGAGUGUGGAGGCACCCGCCGAUACAGGUGACGUAGACGUGCCAGAAGAUGAUAACCUUGAUUUGGAUACUUUUGGAAAGAAAAAGAAGAAGAAAAAGAAGACAUUCUUCAAUCUAGAAGAAAUGGAAAGCGCUUUACCCGAUACCCCUCCUGCUGAAGAGCCCGAACCACAAGAGGAUGAAGUCAUAGAUGAUUUAGUUUUAGACAUAGAUUUUUCUAAAAGUAAAAAGAAGAAAAAGAAGAAAAAUGUGGAUGAACUGCCAACAGACGAUGAUGUCAAAGGUGAAGAUCAAGAAAAUGUUGAAGAUGUACAUGGGGAUUGGAUUGGCAGUGACCGUGAUUAUACAUAUGAUGAACUUCUUGAGCGCGUUUUUGACAUAAUGCGUGAAAAGAAUCCUAGUAUGGUGUCAGGCAAAAAACAAAAGUUUAUAAUGAGGCCACCACAGGUGGUGAGAAUUGGUACUAAGAAGACUUCUUUUGCAAACUUUACAGAAAUCUGUAAGACUUUGCAUAGGCAACCCAAACAUCUACUCGAUUUUUUACUUGCUGAGUUGGGUACUAGUGGUUCUGUGGAUGGAAACAGCCAACUUAUAAUAAAGGGACGUUUCCAACAGAAGCAAAUAGAAAAUGUUCUUCGUCGAUACAUCAAGGAAUAUGUAACUUGUCAUACAUGUCGUUCACCUGAUACGAUUUUGCAAAAAGACACAAGAUUAUUCUUCUUGCAGUGUGAAACAUGUGGGUCACGUUGCUCUGUAGCCAGCAUUAAGUCUGGGUUUCAAGCUGUCACUGGUAAACGUGCAGCAAUCCGUGCAAAGACUGCAUAAAGUAUUAGUGUAUAGUGAUAAACUAAUUUUACAGUCAAGGUACUGGGGUGCAUGCAGUAAAUAUUCCUUUUGUUUUAUUAGAUUCAAUUUUUGCCAUCGAAAUCUGGUGCUGAAUUUUAUAAAUGUGUUCUAUUAAUGUGCAAUCACUAUUCUUUUAUGAAAAAGAGGUAUUAUCUGCCUUGAUAUGAAUUAUAGGGAAUUUAUACAAAAUAUUCAUACAUAUGGUGUCACUGUAUUCAUUAAACCGAUAUCCUUAUCAUUAAUUUUAAUCUCAUAGUGACAAAUAUUGUUUGAAUGUGUUAAUUUUUUAAUGUGGGUCUGAUUAAUAUCUCUAGGAUAGAUCUUGUUUGUAAUUAUGUAUAAUAUGUGCUCAAAAUUGAUAGCUCUAAUUUGUUACUUCAAUCAUAAGGUGUUAUUACCUGGAUGUACCCCACUAACCUGGUCCCAAUAUUUAUGUAUAGCUCACUUCUGUAUUAUUCUCAUCAUUGAUACACAAUGUUUUACAAAUA